AUGAAGGAGGUGUACCUGAGUGGGGAAUUAUGGCUUAAAUCCAGUCUCAGUGUGGCCCUUGUAGCCAUGACUAAGGUGGUUAAUGUAACCCAUGAGAAUGGGACGAUUGUGCAAGAAAAGGAAUUUAAUUGGAACUCAAAGGAACAAGGAUAUGUUCUCAGUUCAUUCUUCUAUGGAUGCGUUUGCACACAAUUCCUUGGAGGAAUGUUGGCUAACCGCUUUCGAGGGCAUAUUGUUUUCGGUAUUGGAAUUGGAGGAAGUUCUUUCUUAACGAUACUAUCGCCAUUUGCAGCUAAAUUUGGAAUUUAUGCUCUCAUCACUAUAAGAAUAAUAAUGGGAUUGAUUGAGGGCGUCGCUGUGCCAGCGGUUUAUGAUGUUAUUAAUCAUUGGACUCCAAAAGAAGAAAGAACAACAAUCACUGGAAUUACUAUCAUGGGAACGACAGCUGGAGUAAUAUUUUCAUUCAUGUUAUCCGGACAAUUGGCUGAACAUCUCGGUUGGGAGAGUAUUUUCUAUGUUCUAGGUGGUCUUGGAUGUGUCUGGUUUAUUAUUUGGAUGAUUUACAUUAAGAAUGAUCCUGCUAGUGAUCCCCGAAUUUCACCUGAGGAAAAAGCCUACAUUGAGGCAAAUGUCGGUGUGACAGUUACAAGUCAAAAUCACAAAAUACCUUGGAGGAAAAUUGUAAAGUCACCUCCAGUUUAUGCAGUCACAAUUGCUGCAUUUAGUGAUUUGUGGAUAACUUGCACAUUUUUAACACAAAUCCCAACAUACCUUGAUGAUGUUCUGCACUAUAAUUUAGGUUCAACCGGAUUCUUAGCUGCAUCCCCCUUUAUUUUACAAAUUAUCGUUGCUUUCACAGCUAGUAUUGCAUGUGAUCGUCUCCGGUCAACUGGAAAACUCACAACGGAGCAAACGAGGAAAAUGUGUUUAUCCAUUGGCUUGCUUCUAUGUGGAUUUUUCUUGUUUAUUAUGGCAAAUUUAACUGAUCCCACCAUCAUAACUAUUUGCCUCAAUAUUGCUGUUGGUUCCGCAUCAAUGAUCUACGUAGCCUACAUGGUCAACCCUCUGGAUUUUGCUCCUAACUACGCUACUCUCAUAAUUGGAAUCUCCAAUACCGUGGGCAUUGCUACGGGAAUAAUUUCACCAAUCCUCACGGGAUAUAUUGUCCAGGAAGGAAAUUCCGAUGAGUGGAAGAUCAUUUUUUACAUCGCAGCCGGUCUGGCUGUUGUUGGAACAACUGUUUUUACAUUGUUUGCUGAAGGGGAAGUCCAAGAAUGGGCUAAAGACCCCAUUGAAAAUCACACCAUAUGUAGAACUUGA